UACACUGUAAAGUAAAAGUAGAGCAAGAACAAUAAGUAGACCGGUCAGUACUUUUACUUAGCUCGUGUAAUACUUUAUUGAUGCUAUAGACCAAAUAACACUUGAAUUGCAAUAAUUUUGAUGUGUUCAAUACCUUUCCGCUGUGGCAUUUAUUUUGGUCGAUACUGGGAGACGAAAUAUCACCAUACCGCAAAACAACUAGCCGGCAACUUACAUUUCUCACAAAAUUUACCCAAUUUCUUAAUCAGAACCAGACAAAAACACUUACUAACGAACAAACUGUAUAAAUUAACGUUGUCCACAAAUAAGAAAACAGUUUACCAUUUUUCGGAAAUGUCAUCGGGAAUGGAAUUAGGAAGUGUGAUCAAGAUAAUUAAACAACAUGCACCAACAUCUUUAGCCGAAUCUUGGGAUAAUGUGGGGCUCUUGGUCGAACCUUCAUCCCCUCAUACAGUCAACACCAUUAUGCUCACUAAUGAUUUAACACCGCUUGUUUUAGAAGAAUCCCUUGAGAAAAAAGUGGAUCUUAUCUUGUCCUAUCACCCACCGAUAUUUUCUGCUGUUAAAAGAUUGAGUCAGGGUAAAUGGAAAGAUCGUCUGAUUAUAAAAUGUAUUGAGAAUCGGAUUGCUGUUUAUUCGCCACAUACAUGCUAUGAUGCAAAGGCUGGUGGAGUUAAUGACUGGUUGAUUGGUGCAUUUGAUACAGUUGAUGUGGUACCAGUCACAAAUGCUGAGGAAAUUCCUGGAGGAUACAGUCAUAAAGUCAAUAUUUUAACCAAAGAUUUAUCAAAACUUCAGUCCACCUUGUCUAGCUUAGCUGUAAAACAAGUCUCAUCACCUAUAACUACAUCAAGUGGUGAAGUUAUGACAGUGUGUAGUGUUCUGUGUAAUAAAUGUACAUUAUCUGAAGUUGUUAAAGCUGUAGAAGGCUCAGACUGUACUGUUGAUACCAUUGAAAACAUGAAAUUAGAAAAGAUACCAGUAACUGGCUGUGGAUCUGGUAGAUAUGCCACUUUAAAACAACCGUUAACUCCACAAGAAGCCGUUGAGGCUGUUAAAAUACAUUUAAACUUACCACACGUAAGGUUAGCUGCUAAACCAGGUCAGUAA